ACAGCCUAAGGAAAGUUGCUCGCCCAUUCUUUCCCCGGAGAGCGCCAUGCCCCCCCAGACUCAACGAUGAUGCGACGUGGACUAUGGCAGCAAAAGCAGAGGCAACCCUCUGCGUGCUUGCUCUGCCGCUUCAGCUACAGCCAUGGGCCCUAUGCUCGCACCGCGCCUCUCCCGCCUUCGAAUUACAAUGAUAGGGUGAUUGACGACAAACCAAUCUCGGCGGCUCCAUCACCCGCUCUUGCACGUUUGACGAGAUGCUACUCCGUGGCAGCGGAUACGAGGAAGACCGGUGGGCUCGCCAACGCGGCAAGCCCUCGGAGACCGGUUGGGUUAAAGCCGUUGUCAGCCUUGAGUGAUGGGAAUGACGGGAACAUUUCCCAGAGGUUCUUCACGACGAGCGGCUUGCCCAGCUGGGCAACGCUGCCGGUACAACCGGCCACAAGCAACGACGGCUUACUGCCGCACGAACGCGCCGCACGGGAAAGGGCCAUGAGUCGAGUAAAGCCAGCUCCAGCCCCGCCAGCCGAGACCACGAACCCUAUUCCUAAUAAUGAUGGACUACUGCCCCACGAGCGAGUCGCAAGAGAAAAGGCUUUGGGUCGGACACGGCCGCCUCCUCCCCAGCCCUCAGCAGCGGAGGAUGCUCGCCCCGCCACAGGUAACAACAAGCUGCUUCCUCAUGAACGAGCUGCAAGGCAAAGGGUCACGGGCCGGGCGCGGCCACCUCCGUCACAGCGCGCUUCAAAGGAUGACGCGAGGUCGGCUGCUAGCAGUAGCUCGCCCCUUCCACAGAAUCGAGCCGCCAGGGAGAAGGCUGUGGGCCGCACGCAGUCACCUAGAACCCAACCGACAGGCGAUGUACCACUGGCCAGUGUCAGCAAAGAUAGCCCGCGAGAAACAAGUAUCGGUGAGGGCGGCCAACAGCAUCAGGAAAAACCACUGCCGUCACAAACUCGAUCCGCUCCAGCACCUAGGAACUCUGGGAUAUCUUGGGCAUCCGCCGCACCGUCAUGGUCGGCGCCGGCUCUACAGCCUGCUGCGGGUGAUUCGGGUGCGGGACAAUCGACACGACCAGCAGACUCCAUGGCGUAUCUACUUCCACACGAACGGGCAGCGAGAGACAGGGCCACGUCUGCUCGCAAGCAGGGAGAGUCGCCAAACUCACCGCCGCAACCUGAGCAUCCGACACCGCCUAGCAGCCCCAUUCCCGAAGAUAAGAUGUCACAAGAGUACCUUGCUCUCCAAAGUCGUCGGCGGCGGCCGUUUGGGGGUACGGGCGCGCCUAAGGAUGCCCGAGAAAGUGAAGACUCCGAUCCUUUCGUACCCACCACGCAAGAGCCGCGCAGCAGGAUGCCUCGUUAUGACCUUCCUCGGCCUAGCAGUCUGACGCAGACCCCGGCAGACCAGGAUGACUGGAAGAAGUUGACUCGAAGGGAACGCAAUCUGCCCCCGGGUCUUAACAUGGCACUUCCCUCCUCAGCACUCAAUCCCGCCUCCAACGGACUGGGCAAAGAUUCGCAAAGAAGUGCUUCGAACUCUGCUGCGGACCCGUUCAGCUCGCUGCAACAAACUGCUCCUAGCCAGUCUACGCAACCGAAGACCAGUCUCGAUUCAGGAUUUGACCAAUUCAAUGUUCUGGAAACAAAAUCUGAGGAGCUGAGUAAGUCGCAGAAGAAAAGAAAAGCAACGGAGAACAGUGAUACUUGGGCUUGGGCCGAGGAGUAUACGGAGGAAGCAAGGCAAGCAAAGGCCCAGCGUAUCGCGCGCGAGCUGCGUCAGGAAACAGAACAGGUCUCGGAGGAAACCAGUCCGAAUACCGCAACGCCUACUGCUCGUGUCGAACGGGAUGACCGACAUGGACGAGCCGAUAAGCAGGGUCGCGAGGACGGAUCGGAGCGACGGGAGAAGCCGAAGAAGCCCAAGAAUCGACGAAGGCAGGAAGAAGAAGAAGAUGAUGAUUGGGAUGAAGACUACUAUGAGCAAAGGCGUCGGAAGAAGGCCGAAAAGGCAGAGAGGGAAAGGCAGAGGAAGGCUGCCCUUGAGGCGGCCGGCCCGACGCCCAUCUUCCUCCCCGAGUUCAUCAGCGUCUCUAACUUGGCCAUUGCCCUGGGCCAGAAAGUCGACGUUUUUGUGAGGCAGUUGGAGGAGCUCGGCUUUGAGGAAGUGAGCAAGGACAACAUCCUUACGGGCGAGACGGCUGCCUUGGUGGCGCAGGAAUACGGCUUCGAGCCCACCGUUGAUUCCGGUGAAGACGAAGACCUCAAGCCUGCUCCUGCUCCAGAGGACCCCUCCUCGUUGCCGCUCCGGCCGCCCGUCGUCACCAUCAUGGGACAUGUCGAUCAUGGCAAGACCACACUGCUGGACUACCUGCGCAAGUCGUCCAUCGUGUCUCAGGAGCACGGUGGCAUCACGCAGCACAUUGGUGCCUUCUCAGUAACCUUGUCCUCUGGAAAGCAGAUCACGUUCCUUGACACCCCCGGCCAUGCCGCCUUCCUGUCGAUGCGCCAACGUGGCGCCAACGUGACUGACAUGGUCGUUCUAGUCGUUGCUGCCGACGACAGCGUCAUGCCUCAAACUCUUGAAGCCUUGAAGCACGCCCGCGCCGCGAAAGUGCCUAUCAUCGUCGCCAUCAACAAGAUAGACAAGCCCGAAGCCAACAUCGACCGGGUGAAAUCAGAUCUUGCCGCCAAUGGCGUUGAGAUCGAGGACUACGGCGGCGAUGUUCAAGUCGUCUGCGUCAGCGGCAAGACUGGCCAGGGCAUGGAAGACUUGGAAGAGAACAUUAUCUUGCUCUCGGAGAUGCUCGACAUCCGCGCCGAUCCAGGUGGCAUGGCCGAGGGCUGGGUGCUCGAAUCGACCAUCAAGCCAAUUGGGCGCGUCGCCACCGUUCUCAUCAAGCGUGGCACGCUCCGCCCCGGCGAUUUCAUUGUCGCUGGGCGCGUCCACGCCAAGGUCCGCUCUCUCCGCAAUGAAGCUGGCGUUGAAGUUCGCGAGGCACCUCCUGGCACGGCGGUCGAAGUUCUCGGCUGGAAAGAGCCCCCAGACGCAGGUGAUCAGGUCCUCCAGGCCCCUGACGAGGCCAAAGCGAAAGCGGCAGUUCGUUACCGUCAGGAACUCAAGGAGCGCUCCGAGGUUAUUGCGCAAAUGGCGCAACAAGAAGCCGACCGCCGCGAGCGGGAGCGCGAGCGAGAGCGCGAAAAAGCCCUUGCCGAGGCUGCUGACCCCCGCAAGAACAAACGACAACAGGCGACACCUGCCGAGGCCCUCGACAAAGAUGAACAAGACCCAGCCGACAAGACUCAGUACGUCACUUUUAUCGUCAAGGGCGACGUGCACGGCUCAGUAGAAGCCGUCACGGCGGCGCUGCUGGAGCAGGGCAAUAACGAGAUCCGCGCAAAGGUGUUGGUCUCGGGACCCGGGCAGAUCACCGAGUCGGACGUUGAGCACGCAGCCAUAUCCAAGAGCACUAUCGUCAACUUUAACAAUACCAUCCCGAACCACAUCAAGCGGAUGGCUCACGAUGCUGGCGUCAAGAUUCUCGACCACAACGUCAUUUACCAUCUGAUCGAGGAGGUGAAACAGCGGCUUGCGGAUGCGUUGCCGCCGCUGAUCAUCAAGAAGGUGGUUGGUGAAGCAGAUGUGCUACAGGUGUUCCCAAUCAACAUUAAGAGAAGGAUAUACAAGAAUAUUGCCGGGUGUAGAAUUGGGAAUGGCUAUGUCAAGAAGGGCAGCAAAGCUAGGGUGAUCAGAAACGGGGAACAGAUCUUUGAGGGUGUCAUUGAGACGCUCAAGCACGUCAAAAAGGAUGUGACGGAAAUGAGGAAAGGCAGUGAAUGCGGCAUGUCGUUUGCCGAUUGGGACGAGCUUAAGGAGGGUGACCGCAUCCAGAUUAUUGAAGAGACUACGGAGAAGCGGAAGCUGUAGGAUUGGGGGUGUAUGUCUUGGAACUGUACAAGUACUGUAGAUACUUUUUUUGGACGACGAGGGGAGGAUAGAUCUAGGGCACCAUUACAUUCAUGCCUGGGGAAUGAUUUAGACGGCGUAGACGGCUGG